AUACUCCGCUGUACUGGGCUGUCGCACGAGUUAAAUUUUCCAGCACUGUCCCACCUUUGCAUUCAAAUGACACUUGGACAACACACAAAAUAAACACCUGGGCAGCGCGAUGCUGGCCCAGCUCUCACGCGCGCUCAUCCUCGCCUCGGCGACGGGCGCGCGUGGACAGGCGCUGGGGAGCCUCUCAUCGGCGAUUCGUAACAGAUGCCUGGAGCAUCACCAGCACCUGACGACAACAACAGAAGAUGGUUGUGUUGUUCGGUCGGCGCCCCUCGGCAGCCGCUGCGUAGGGCUCAGCCACCCUGCUGCUGCAGCGGGCUCUGAGGCACCGGCAGCAGCAGACCACAGCAGCGACCUGCUUCAAUUGCCGCUGCCGCUGCCGGCCUCUCAUCUGGCGUACACAACAUCAUACAGCUCCGUAAUUAGCGGCCCGGCAGCGGCAGGGCUCAGUGGCGGCGGCCCCCGCCUUGCGGCCGCCGCCGCACCUGCUAUGUUUACCCCAGGGGCAGCAGCAGCGGCAGCGUACGGCAGCCUCCCGCCGCCGCUGGGUUGGCACGCGCAACCACAGGUGGCGGCUGCUGGGGUAAUGCAUGGUAGCGGCACCACGGGCAGUGCAAGCAGCGGCAGCAGCGGCAGCAGCAGCAGCAGCAGCAGCAGCGGCGAAGGCGACGGCGGCAACGGCAGAAGCAGCGGCGGCGGGCGUGGCAGUGGCAGGACGGGCGGCAAUGGUGGCGGAGGCGGCGGCAGGGCGCGUGACCCCACGGAUGACAUGACCGUGUGUCGGACUCUGGAGGACUUGCAAGCAGUCAUUGAUCAGCGGCUGGCGGUGUGGUGCGAGCGGCAAGACCUGGAGUCAGCACGCGCCGGGCCGGCCGCCACAGCCGCGGCCCGUGCUGGCAUCAUUGCGGCCCUUGCGCCUGCUCUCCUUCCGCUCGUGCCGCGCAUCAGCAAGCCAGUUGACUGCAGCAUUCCGCUGUGGGCACUGGCAAAGGCUGGGGCUGCCAGCGACGGGCGUGUGGAGUCACAGCUGGCGCCGGCGCUGCUGCAGCGGCUGGUGGAUCCAGUGUUGCUGGACAGUGCCACUCCUCAGAACCUGGCAAACGCGCUGUAUGCCCUGGGCAAGCUGCGGGAGGACCAGCAGCAGCGGGGCUCGGGCUGGGACCCCACCUCAUCGCCGCAUCUGAUCGCACUGACAGGCGCUGUGGCCUCGCGGCUGCGUGCGGCGAGGGGGCACGGCUUCACCGCCCAGAACGUUUCUAACAGCCUGUGGGCGUGCGCCAAGCUGGGGUACCGAAACUCAGCAAUCCUGCUGCCGCUGGCGGAGGCGGCCGCAGCCCUUGCCCCGGACAUGAAUGCGCAGGAGCUGGCCAACAGCCUAUGGGCGCUUGAGGCUUUGGGCUGCACCGGACCGGCGUUUCGGGCAGUGCUGGAGACGCUGUACGGUGCGGCGCUGCGGCGGCUCCGAGCACCGAAGGAAGCUGAGGCAUUCAAGCUGCAGGGCCUGUCCAACAUCCUGCUGGCGCUGGAGGGGCUAAAGCUGCGAGGCAAGCAGUCAAGGCUGCUGGCGGCUGCAGUAGCAGCAGAGUGCGUGCGGCGGGGCUUUGCCGGCUUUAAACCGCAGCACCUCAGCAACUCGGCGUGGGCCCUGGCCAAGAUGGGGUAUGGGGCCGGCGCAACGUUGCACGCCGCGGAGCAGCGCCAUUGGUACGCGGCCGCGGUGGCCGCAGCUCAGCGGCCCGGGGUCAUGGCCGGCGCCAAGCCGCAGGCCUGGGCCAAUCUGCUGUACGCGCUUGCGUUGGUGCGCCACCAGCCGCCGCCCGCGCUGCUUGACGCAGGCGCCGCGGCGGCGAUGCAGCGAGGCAAUGCACAGGCAUGUGCAAACACGCUGUGGGCGCUGGCGGUGCUGCAGCUGCGGCACGCAGGCUUGGAGGCGGCGGUGUGCGGCCGGCUGGGUGAGCUGCUGCGGCAAGGCCCGGAGUCGCUUGUUGCACAGGACCUUUGCAACAGCCUGUGGGCGGUAGCGGUGCUGGCAGGCGGCGGUGGCCCUGCUAGCCCGGCUGCAUCUGCUCUGGCCCCGGCGCUUGCCCGUGAGGCCGUGCGGCGCCGGCAGGAGUUUCAGACCGAGGGGCUACUGCAGCUCUGGCAGGCGCGACAGGAGUUGGGCGGCGAGGUGGCGGAGGCGCUUGCCCGCAGCCCCGACCUGCUAGCCGCGAUGGAGGCGGCGGUAGCUGCCGAACGGGCGACGGGAUUGAACACCAGCAGACUGCAGGAGCAGGUGGCGGAGGCGCUUCAGCGACUGCUGCAGAAGGGUCGCCUGCCCAUCGUUUCGGUGCGGACGGAGGUGGUGGUGGAGGGCGUGCUGGGGCGUGUGGAUAUUGUGGCGGACUGGAGCGACGGGCGGAGAGUGGCCAUUGAGGUGGACGGGCCGGACCACUUCCUCACCAACCGGAAGGACGACCCGUCUGCGGUAGACGGUUCUACGGCCCUGCGUAACCGGCAGCUGCGGCGGGCGUUUGGGGAGGGCGGGCUGCUAUGUGUGCCGUACUGGGAUUGGUGCGGCCGGAAGACGCCUUCCUUUCAGGAGGCCUACCUGCUGCAGCAGCUGCAGGAUCUGCUAUCGGGCGCUCCUUCAGGAGCAGCAGCAGGAGGGGAAGGCAGCGCGGCCGCCCCUCGCCGCAAGCAGCAGCGGACGACUCAGCCGCAGCCAGACACUGCCGGCACCACCACCACCGCCACCACCACCGCCAGCAGCAGCCAGAAAAGACGCAUCCUCGUUGUCCGCAGAAAGGCUCCAAAGCAGGACCUGCAGCACGACGCCACCUGCGACGCACCGUCAGCCUCAGGUGCGGGUCCGGCGGAGGCGGUGGCGGAGGUUGCGACAAGUGGCGGCCCUCGGCCUGCCACCGCGGGUGCCGACGUGGCAUCUGCUCCUAGGCGGCAACAGCGACAGCGGCAGCUGCAGCAGCAGCCGACGAGGCCGGAGCCGGAAGCUGUGGCCGCUGCUGUGGGCAGACGCCGCAGGCCUGCUGCGAAGGAGCCGCGGCCACAGCAGCAGCAGACACGGCCGCCGCCGCAGAACACAAGGAAGCGAGCGGCCUCUGCAAACGCACACGCGGCUGCGGCUGCUGCUGCGGCUGCUGCUUAGCAAGCCCCCAUGAGUGGAUGUGCAAGGGCGGCUGGCGCGGCGUCCCACCCGUUUGGCGGAGUUCGUGUCGUGCCCGGUGCUUGCUGCUGCCAUAAACACACACGUGGAGGCGGGCGUGGAGGAGCAUGCAGUCGGCAGAGCGUGGCGGACGAGGCGGACAGAGGAGGAGCAGGCGUUGAGAAUUGAGUCGGCGUGAUGACUUGCAUCGGAAUGAGUUGGAUGGGGCUUGGGCUCCAAUUGUCGCUUUCUUCACCGGGCGUGUGCGCGCAUAGCAAGUUGAAGGAAGAACGAGGUGUGGUCAUUGCGGAGACUGUAGCAGAGCCUGUGGUGUGAUAGAAGCUGUGACUUGCGGGUCUGCGACUUGUGGGUCUAUGGCGGGUGUCGACGCGUCGGCAGCAGACACACGACGCUCUGGUCUCUAGGGCCUGUGAGGAGGCCUUGGGCUUGCCAUAUUUGUGAGCAGCAGGUGUGUGAGGUGAGGUGGUUUGUGCGUAGGAUGGCAAUGAGGUGACGUAUGCGGGGGGGGGGACUGCGGCGGCGGGCGGCGGCCUCGAUUCCUGCUUGCAUACAGGAGCGGUCGUUUGGCGGGGCACCUACCGUGCUGGUGUAACAAGAGGAUUGUCACCUAGAUUGGCAAGGGAGCGAAUGACUCGCGCACCUCUACCUCACCUCCGCACGGGCCUAUAAUCAGCCUGCACGAUGGGGACCGGCGUCACUGGUUUUGGGACUGCACUGUUGCGCUGUCACUGCGGGAAAACAUGGGGAUGGCUAUGGGUUUCGUGCCAGAGGAUGCUCUAAGUGCCUUCUCUCCUGAUGGGCUUGCGCCACCUGUGUGGGAUGUGGUGUGUCUCGCUGCUAUGUCUGCCCUGGACUUUGGUCGGCAGCGUAUGGUUAUGGCCGGGCUGGCGGCGCGAGCGAAGCUGCCGUCGGCCCGGGUGCUGAGCGUUGGACUUGCCGUCGUAGCUGAUUUCUGGGGUCGUCUCCAGACGUUUGUGAGUUUGGGUAUCCGGCCGAAGGGUUGGGACACUGUGCCGUCUGCGCAUCCUUUCAUCUCUCGGGCUGUUGGUGACGGCAUGAUUUUGCGCUUGCCGUAUGACGCUGAUUCCCCGCCUCCCUCGCCGUGAGAGGUUGUGCGUGGUUGGUGGCUUUGUGUGUGGGCAGGAUGCACGCGUGGACGACCGUUCUAGUACCUGGACGCUUGCGCCCUGGUUAGUGCGUGCGCUGUGCGUGUGUCCUGCGGCCUAGACGUUUCCCGGCACUUCUGUGCCUAGGCUUGUGACGUUGAGGCACAGCGGUGGGGCUCUGGCGGGUUGAGGCUUGGCUAGGACUCACUGUGCGCGGAGUCACACGGACUUUGCCCGCGGGAGGGUUUGCAGCAAAGUCGGGGUUGGUGGAGUCAUGUUGGGCCCUGAUAGCAUGUGAUGGCUCGGCGUCUUCGGGUGCUGGGACUGUCCCCUCUGUAACAUCCGCAUUCA